GAAAACGAAUCAGAAUAAAAUGGCGGACCGAGAGAAAAUGGCGGCAUUUGAACGGAUAUUCAAAACAAUGGCGGAGAAUUUGCGAAAUUUUAAAGAUCAGCUGAGUAUAGUGGAGGAGACUGAUACAAGCAAUACUAACUUUAAUCCUCAACAGUUCUGGGAGAAAACUCUUCAAAUAGCCGACAAGUUAGGAUAUGAGACUAAUAAGAUUACUAUUCUAUGGAUAUCAGACCCACUUCCAACCCCUGAAGAUAUGCACUCAGUGUGUGGUUCUUUAGAGAUAGCAUGUGUUGCCCUCAUGAAUAUGUUCCACAGCUACCCCUCCGCCCAGGGCAGGAUGGUGAAGUCCAAGCUGAAGAACGGGGUGGGAGACAUCCUCGACAACUGUUCCCGGUUCACAGCUGUCCUUCUUAAUAGUAUUGGGGUCAAAUACAAUAAAGACAGCCAUCCUUUAGUGAGUGAGUGUGGGAUGGUAACGGCGGAGUGUGAACGAUUGAACCAGCUGCCUAGAGAUAAUAGAUCCGCCUGUAUUCUCUAUCUCAGGGCGGAGGCAAAUAUUAUCAAAGAUGCCCUCAGGGAGAUCGAGGAGGCUCGAACUAAUGAAGGAUUUCUUGAUGAAUUUGAAUGUGAUGAAUCUUGGACAGAAGCGGACAAUCUUAUUAUUCAACCUUUGCUAGGUAUGAUUAAAACCUCUGGUGCACUUACUAAGAAGACUCUGGAUGCUGUCAAAGAACUAAAGGAUGAAGAUCAAACUAAAUUUGAUGACGUAAUACAUCAGUUCUCAAGGUAACCUGAGCUAAAAACUUCAG